GACUUUCCUUGCUUUUAUACCAUAAAUAUUUAGAUAAGAGAAUGUGUAUGCGUAUUUUGAAAAUCGCAACAAUAUAAGACGUAAUUAUACUUUUAUAAAACGCAAAAAAGAUGCAUGUAUCUUUACUACUCUUUACUUUCUUAUUGAAAUUAUUUGAAAAUUAUAUACUUGUAAGCAGAAAACCAUAAAAAUUAUCUUUGUAAUUUAUCUUAUUUAUAUCUGUAAGCUCGGUUUGUACCGCCAUUUUGUAUUCAGCAAGUUAGUGAGGAUACAUGCUUCUGACACAUGGAAACAUUAAAAUUCAGAAUACGCAUUUGAGAUGUUGAUAAUUUGUGCUUCAUAUAACAGAAAAGGACAUACAUACAUUUAAAGUCAAAAUGACGCAGGAUGAAACGAUUAUGACAAAGAUACAGAAGGUAGAAGAUACAUUAAAUGAAUCCAUGUACAAACUGGAUGUGUUGAAAAAAAGACUCAAGACGAAAUUGCUCACAAUGGAAACUCGUGAGGAAUUGGAGUCAAAACUGGAAGAAAUUCAGGAGCCCAGGCGGUCUAAUAAACAUCGGUGAUAGUUCAAGGUUCUCCAGGCGCAGGUUACCUGUCCUUAAUCCGGAACGAGAUCUCUCAACAAUUUGAUGUCUUUAUAUACCUUACAUAUAAUAGAACACGUUCCCAAAGUCAUUUUAAUUAUUAUACUUAAUGAGUCAUCGAUAAUAAUAAUAUUUUUCCAUUUUUUUUUCAAAUGAUAAAGAAUUAUUAUCCGUGAGUAUUUCAAAUAGAACCAUAUAUUGGAGCGAAGUUCGACAACCUUUAAGAUUUAAGGCCCUAGUUUUUGGGGAAAACAAAUUUCAGAAGUUCGUGUUAGUAGGGAUGUUUGAUAUUUCGAUGUUGGUCCUGAGAAAUUGGAUUUCUGUGUUUCCAAGGUACAUAUUUUAAAAAUGGAAUGGCUUUUGAGGAUCAUGCUUUCUACAUUUAUAUAUUUGAAACUUUAAAAAAGAUGUAAGUUAACUUUACAUUGUAUAAAUAGUUAUAAAGUUGAAAUAAGUGUAAUCGUUUAUAUACAAAUGUAAGUUAAACGAGGAAAUAAUGUUUUGCUCAAAUUUACGCGGACAUGUUAACUUAUUUGCAUUGAUUUUGUUCUAGGGACGCCAUUAUAUUGUUAAUCAUUUUAAUUUUAAUUGAUUGUUAAGAUAAUGUAAGAUAAUUCAUGUAUUACCACUAUUAAUAAUGUUCUUUAAAUUUUAAUUUGAACAUUUACAACGACUUUCUAAACACCGGUCAACGGUUCUUCUUUCAAAUUUAAAUCUGUAUUUGAUAAAAGUUUUCCCUAUCCCUAAUAAAAAAAUUAGGCGAUCUAAACAACAAUUUUCUACCAACUUAGUUCAACUUACUUAACCUCCUUUUAAAUACACGUAAAUUCUAAACCAUUCUUUCCUUC